GUGGACCCCCGCGUCGUGCAGAGGCGCAGUGGAAGCAGCGGUCAGUUCAGUGCGCGCGGGGAAGUGUCAGUGCUGCACGCGCGUUCACUCAUUCAGACUGAUGGAGACUCGCGCGUGAGGCGCCGCAGUGUGUUGUCAGAAUUACAAAAUCAUGGUCCUGGAAAGGAGUGUAUGAUCAUCUGAUAUAAACCAACACUAUCCAAAGGAGGCGGAACAAUGCCGGACUCCGCCCUCUCUCCACCUGUUCCACCAAUCACUGCUCUGAACUGUUCCUUGGACGUAUCAAAUUGCUCCUUCGCUAACCUCUCCACAGUCGCAUAUGGAGAUGAGUGCUAUGGCAGCCACUCUUUGUUUGUUGUAAUGGCGGUUGCCUACAGUGCUGUGGUACUGUUGGGUGUCGUUGGCAACCUGGCUCUCAUCCUUGUCAUCACCCGGCAACGGGAACUUCACAACGUCACAAAUGUCCUAAUCGCAAACCUCUCUGUUUCGGACCUGCUGAUGUCCCUAGUGUGCCUGCCGUUCACCUUCAUCUAUACCUUCAUGGACCACUGGGUGUUCGGCGCGGUCAUGUGCAAACUCAACAGCCUGGUCCAGUGCUGCUCUGUCUCUGUCUCCAUCUUCUCCUUGGUUCUGAUAGCCAUUGAGAGGCACCAGCUCAUCCUACACCCUCGCGGAUGGAGGCCCAGCCUGAACCACGCCUGCCUGGGCAUCAGCCUCACCUGGGCCCUGGCCGCCCUCACUGCUACACCGUUUCUGUUGUUCUCCAGGGUGACAGACGCCCCGCUGAAGCAGCUGCCCUCAGUGUUUCAGGAGCAGUACAGGGGGAAGGUGGUGUGUGUGGAAGAGUGGCCCUCCAGAGGAAUCAAGCUCACCUACACCACUGGCAUGCUGGUGCUGCAGUACAUCACUCCUCUCACCUUCAUCUUCAUCUGUUACCUGAAGAUCUACACUCGUCUGCAACGGCGUAAUAAUAUGAUGGACAGAAUACGUGAAAACAAAAACCGUAGCAGCGAGACUAAACGGAUAAACAUCAUGCUCUUUUCCAUCGUGGUGGCAUUUGCAGUUUGCUGGCUCCCGUUGAACGUCUUUAACGCCGUCAUCGACUGGAACCAUGAAGUGGCUAUGAACUGUACCCACAAUCUCCUGUUCUCGCUGUGUCACCUGACUGCGAUGUGUUCUGUGUGCAUAAACCCGGUGUUUUACGGCUUCCUAAACCACAACUUCCAGCGAGACCUACGGGCUUUCCGACUCUGCAAGAUUGUGUCAGUACGGGAAAAUGAAUAUGAUAUGGUUGCCAUGUCCACUGUUCACACGGACGUGUCCAAGAUGUCACUGAAAAAUAGUAGCAUAGAUUUCUAAUGACAGCGACACUCAUGUCUGUUCUGAAAAAUGCACUUAAUAAAACAUUUUUUUAGAUGUAGUGUGAAUUUACAGUGAAGUGAUUGUUUGUAAACAUAACGAUUGAUGUCAAGACUUAUGCUUCAAGAAAGCAACUGUUUUUCAAGCUCUAUAUUAUAGUAUAAUCAUAACAUUGUACAUACAAAAUCAAGCGAGGAUACUGAAUAGCUUUCUUCUAAUGUCCCGCAUCAGCUAGGUCUCAUUGGGGCCAAAUGAAAUCUGAAGACAUGAAUCGUAUGAUGUUCAGACGAGUGGACUGAGCUUUGAUCACAAACAUGAAAUCUUCCCACUGCUGUUUGACUUGGAAUGAAGACAGAAGAACAGAUAAUUAAUGCCAAGCCGAAACGGUCACAAAUUCAAAGAUGUAAAUAAUGAAUGUAAGAUGUGACUUUUAAAAGACACACCGAACUGUUUCUGACAUGGAUUAAUUUCUUUUCUUUUUUUUUUACUAAAACUAAAUUGAUUUUCUUCUUUGUUAUCCCUUGACAAACCAAUCCUGCAUAAAAGCAAUUUAUUUUUUAGAGGCAUUCACACAGACAGCAAUUUGAAGCAACAUAGAGACCUGACAUUGUUCAUUUUCAAAGAGAUGUGGCAAUUUCUGACAUCACGAGUGACAGCGGCUGUUGGCGAUGU